UAGAUUUGCCAGUAGAUUUGCCUUAUUCACCCACAUUCACUUGUUCGCAAAAGCGCCGUCGCCAUGACGCUCCGCUACCUGGCCGCGGUCCUCUUCCUCGCCAGCCUCGACGGUGUGCACGCCUGUACCGUCUUCGCGGUGGGGAAGAAAGCCACCAAGGAUGGCUCCGUCUUGGUCUCCCACUCCGACGAUGGCGAUCCCCACAACGAUGCCCGUUUGAUCCAUGUGCCAGCAGCAGACCAUCCGGCUGGCGCACAGCGACCCAUCUUCUACACGCCGGAGAGCUUCCCACGCUACUUGGGGUCUGCCAUGGGACCAGACUACAUGCCAUCUUCUGAGACGACCGGGUACCCUGUCUAUGAGCCCAUCGGAUACAUCGACCAGGUGAAGCACACCUUUGGCUACCAGAGCAGUUCCUAUGGGGUCAUCAACGAACAUGGAGUGGCCGUCGGGGAAUCCACCUGCGGCGCAGUCUUCGGCACCUGCGGCAAGAACUCCACGGUGGGAUGUGAGCCUGGCCGAAAGGUGGGAGAGGCACUCAUGAGCAUUGACACGCUGUCGUACUUGGCGAUGGAACGCACCACGUCCUCUCGUGCCGCGGUGGAGUUGAUGGGAUCCCUGGCAACGAAGUACGGCUUCUAUGGGCCGCCCGACUCCUUCGAGGGCUCCGGCGAAUCCCUGGUGGUGGCCGAUCCCGACGAGGCCUGGGCCUUUCAAAUUCUCAGCGACCCCACCGGGACCUCGGCCAUCUGGGCCGCCCAACGCUUGCCCGACGAUCAUAUGACGGUGGUGGCCAACAUGUACACCAUCCGUGAGGUCGAUGCCAGCGACAAGGCCAACUUCAUCUUGUCUCCCAACCUGUUUGACGUGGCCAAGAGCAAGAAGUGGUGGAAGGAAGGGACGCCCUUCGAUUUCACCAAGAUGUACUCCGGUGGAGAGUAUGCCCACAAGUACUACUCUGGGCGUCGCAUGUGGCGUGGCUUUCAGAUGGCGAAGCCCAGCUUGUCCCUGCCCGCCGACUACGAGGACAUCCGCUACAAGAAGGUCUACCCCUGGUCCGUUCAACCCGAUCGAAAAGUGGACCAUCAUGACGUCAUGUCCUGGCACCGCGACUGGUACGCCGGUACCCAAUUUGACAUGACGAAGGGCGUCCAGGCGGGGCCCUUCGGAAGCCCCGAUCGCUUCAGCACCGAUUCGAAGGUGAAAGGCAGCUGGGAGAGAUCCAUUGCCCUCUACCGCACCAACGCAGUCUAUGUGCAGAAGCUCCAACAUCCUUCUGCAGAUGUGCCUCCAGGCCUUGCGAGCGUGGCUUGGUAUGGCGCUGGGCCAGCUCACUAUGCAGUGUUUGUGCCGGUGCCCAGUGGCUUCGGUGCCACUGUGAAGGCGCUGAAGUUGGCGAACCCUAUGAAGUUCGAGACAUCUUCCAUGAAUUGGGCCACCAGGAGGAUCAUGGAUGUGUGCCAAGUGAAUUUCAAGGCCAUGCAUGAGACCGUCCACGCCAGUCAAUUGGAUCUUGAGAAGGAAGGCGAUGUGCUCAUCGAACGCUUGCGCUCCUCCAAGAGCAGUGCUGCCGUCCUCCAGCUGGCCAUUCAAGAACAUGCGAACAAGGCUUUGGCGACGUGGGAGGCUUUGAGCCAGCAGUUGCUUUUCUCCUAUAGCGACAACAGCCGCUUCGCGGAGAACUGGAAAGCCAUGGGCUACUCCGACGAGUGGCUGGAGCAGUCCGGCUACAAGGAUGGACCUCCACCGGCUCCCAAGGAAGACAAGUGCCCACCCAAGUGUGACGACGAGCCGGAGCCUAUGCCUGCCACCGUAGUGUGAAGCAGGCUCCUGGGUUGAGGCAAUCCAUCGUGGCCUGAGUGUGACGGGCCGAUUUAGAGUAACAGAGUGACCGCGUUUUCAGGGCUGAUUGGGCUUGGUCAACACGGGAGCGGAUCGGCGGCUGAGCAAGCGGGCUCUGAAGAACGGAUCUGCACAGCUUGUUGAUGGA